AUGGCACCACCCAGGUGCACACGGCUCAGUUAUGUUUGGAGAGCAGUGAUGUCAUGCUUGGUACACAGGGGAGUGGGCGCCUCAUUGACUCUCUUUAUGUUGGGAUGUUUGCUUCAGGCUGCCCAUGUGCUCUCACAAAAAUUGGAUGAUAUGGACCCACUGGUGACUACCAACUUCGGCAAGAUAAGAGGGGUUAAGAAAGAACUGAAUAAUGAAAUUUUGGGGCCUGUUAUUCAGUUUCUCGGGGUUCCAUAUGCAGCUCCCCCAACAGGAGAACAUCGUUUUCAGCCUCCAGAACCACCAUCGCCCUGGUCAGACAUCAGGAAUGCCACUCAGUUUGCUCCUGUGUGUCCCCAGAAUAUCAUUGAUGGAAGACUGCCGGAAGUCAUGCUUCCUGUGUGGUUUACUAACAACCUGGAUGUGGUUUCAUCGUAUGUACAAGAUCAGAGUGAAGACUGCCUGUAUUUAAACAUUUAUGUCCCAACUGAGGAUGUAAAAAGAAUAUCCAAGGAAUGUGCCAGAAAACCCGGCAAGAAAAUAUGUAGAAAAGGAGGUCCCCUUACAAAGAAACAGACAGAUGAUUUAGGUGAUAAUGACGGUGCUGAAGAUGAAGAUAUUCGGGACAGUGGGGGUCCCAAACCAGUGAUGGUAUACAUCCAUGGUGGCUCCUACAUGGAAGGUACUGGAAAUUUAUACGAUGGCAGUGUCUUGGCAAGUUAUGGCAAUGUGAUCGUCAUCACCGUGAACUAUCGACUUGGAGUACUUGGUUUCUUGAGUACAGGGGAUCAGGCUGCCAAGGGAAACUAUGGACUUCUUGAUCUCAUACAGGCUUUACGAUGGACUAGUGAAAACAUUGGAUUCUUUGGUGGUGACCCCUUAAGAAUCACUGUUUUUGGAUCUGGCGCUGGGGGUUCAUGUGUCAAUCUGCUGACUUUAUCCCAUUAUUCUGAAGGACUUUUCCAACGAGCAAUAGCUCAAAGUGGAACAGCCCUUUCCAGCUGGGCUGUCAGUUUUCAACCUGCAAAGUAUGCUAGAAUGUUGGCCACAAAAGUUGGAUGCAAUGUUUCAGAUACAGUAGAGUUAGUGGAAUGCCUCCAGAAGAAGCCUUACAAAGAACUUGUUGACCAAGAUAUUCAACCAGCUCGAUACCACAUAGCCUUUGGACCUGUGAUUGAUGGUGAUGUAAUUCCAGAUGACCCUCAGAUAUUGAUGGAGCAAGGAGAGUUUCUCAACUAUGAUAUAAUGCUAGGAGUUAACCAAGGGGAAGGGUUAAAAUUUGUGGAGAAUAUAGUAGAUAGUGAUGAUGGUAUAUCAGCUAGUGAUUUUGACUUUGCUGUUUCCAAUUUUGUUGAUAACUUAUACGGAUAUCCUGAAGGCAAAGAUGUUUUGAGAGAAACCAUUAAAUUCAUGUACACUGACUGGGCUGACCGUCAUAACCCCGAAACCAGAAGGAAGACACUAUUGGCUCUGUUUACAGACCAUCAGUGGGUGGCGCCAGCUGUAGCUACAGCAGAUCUUCACUCAAAUUUUGGUUCACCUACAUACUUCUAUGCCUUUUACCAUCACUGCCAAACAGAUCAGGUUCCUGCUUGGGCUGAUGCAGCCCAUGGAGAUGAGGUUCCCUAUGUACUGGGAAUUCCCAUGAUUGGCCCUACAGAGUUGUUUCCUUGCAAUUUCUCCAAAAAUGAUGUGAUGCUGAGUGCAGUCGUAAUGACAUACUGGACAAAUUUUGCUAAAACUGGUGACCCAAAUCAACCAGUUCCUCAAGACACAAAAUUCAUUCAUACCAAACCCAACCGCUUUGAAGAGGUAGCAUGGACCAGAUAUUCACAGAAGGAUCAACUUUAUCUCCAUAUUGGAUUAAAACCAAGAGUUAAAGAACAUUACAGAGCCAAUAAGGUAAACCUCUGGUUGGAGCUGGUACCCCAUCUGCAUAAUCUCAAUGACAUUUCUCAGUAUACCUCGACAACAACUAAAGUGCCAUCAACGGACAUCACUUUCAGACCUACAAGAAAAAAUUCCGUACCUGUCACAUCAGCCUUUCCCACUGCCAAGCAGGAUGAUCCCAAACAGCAACCAAGUCCAUUUUCUGUGGAUCAAAGGGACUACUCAACAGAGCUGAGCGUCACAAUCGCAGUUGGAGCAUCACUGCUGUUUCUGAACAUCUUGGCUUUUGCAGCCCUGUACUACAAAAAGGAUAAGAGGAGACAUGAUGUUCACAGGAGAUGCAGCCCUCAGCGCACUACGACCAACGAUCUGACCCAUGCACAAGAAGAGGAAAUCAUGUCCCUCCAAAUGAAGCACACUGAUUUGGAUCAUGAAUGUGAGUCCAUCCAUCCACAUGAGGUGGUUCUUCGGACCGCCUGCCCCCCAGAUUACACACUAGCUAUGAGGCGGUCACCUGAUGAUGUUCCCUUAAUGACACCCAACACCAUCACAAUGAUUCCCAACACUAUACCAGGGAUUCAGCCCUUACACACAUUCAAUACAUUUACUGGAGGACAGAACAAUACUCUGCCUCAUCCCCAUCCCCACCCCCAUUCACAUUCAACAACCAGGGUAUAG